AAGCGUGCGUGCACUGAGCUGAUGCGUAAAUAAAAAUGCUGAUAAAUAGUGUUCCAACGUGCACACAUACCAAUAUAUAAUAAAUGCAUAAAGAAAUACAUUGAGCUGAGUUUGAGGAUACCAUCUUAAAAUUCAAUUGAUUGACGAACAGUUUGUAUUUAGAGCUCAACAUACUCAGGAGUAUUACGCUUAAGCUGAUCGAGCGGCUUUGUACGGCAAUAUUUUUUUAUUGUAUUAAUUAUUUGUUAAAGCACGGAAAGGCAUCCUUUGUUCACUUCUAUCAAAAGCAAGUUUUGAACUACAAAAUAACAGAUAAAAAAUAUGGCACGGCAAAGAGUGCAACUGUUCAUAUCGCUACAUUUACUGGUCCAACUUGCCACAUUUUGCAACUGCAACGACUCUCUCAAUGGUGGCAUCGUCGAUAGCAGCUCAAUCAAUUUGGAGCAGAAGGAUAACUACUGCCUACGAAAUGUCACCUAUUACGAAGAGAGAGGCGUAGAUAAGACACGGCAGGUGGAGAUCAAGCCAACGGGAUAUUGGAAAUGGUUCAAAAAGAGCAAAACCCAAGUGGAACACUACACGGAAACAGUGCGGGUGCCACAUACGCGUCUGCAGAACGAUUGCUGUGAGGGUUAUGCCAUGGUAGCGAAUAAGACGUGCCAGCCCGUCUGUGAACCUGGCUGUCCGGCAAACGCCUUCUGUCGAACACCUCAGCGAUGUCAGUGCCGUUUUGGCUAUGAAGCGGUCAAAUCUGCGGUGAAUGGCACACACCACUGUAUGCCACGUUGUUCAUCCGGUUGUCCGUACGGAGGCAAGUGUGUGGCGCCCGAGUUGUGCGAAUGCGCACCCGGCUAUCAGGCUGGCGCGGGCAGCUGUGCGCCGACUUGCGCCUCGGAUUGCCUGGAUGGGCGUUGCACCGCGCUGAAUAAGUGUACUUGUAAUGAAGGUUAUGCUAAGGUUUUGGCGAGUGGUGAAUGUGUAGCAUUAGCUGACUGUGUUCCUGGUCUCGAUUGCGAAGAGGAAACCGAAGUUAGUGGCGUCGAUGAAACUACUACAGAUGAAAUUACAGCGACUGCGGCAGACACCACCGAGAUGCAUGUGGCUUUCACGCGGCAGGAUGGUAUCCCCGUUUCGAGUGAGAGCCAGGAGGAAAAUGAAAAUAUUGUGCUUUUUCCCAGCGACGAAGAAGCGACAAAUUGUACACUUCAGCCCUGCAUCGGUGAUACUGACUGCAAAUUGGCUGGCCGUUGCACAUGCGCUGACGGCUUCAUACGUCAUCAACCGGCGCCAGUGAAUGGCGUUGAGGUCGGCCCCAUAUGCAAAGCGCUAAUGGAGCAGAGUGAAAUAGUGGAUGACCAUGACACCGAAGGCAGUUGGGGGCUCACCUUUUUCGUUGUUGUCGGCUCGGCGUUGAUGGUCUGUGCUUUCGCGGCAUUGUUGGUGAAAUUGUGGCUUCAUAAGCGUGGUUCAAUGAAUGUAGUAGGGAAAAACGAAGCGUGCUGUAAGUUUGAGAAAAAUAGUACGAGCUCAGAUAGCGGUCAUGUGGACAUGUGUUGAGCCUUGAUUGUGUCGCCAUGCACCAACAACGUGGGAAUAUAGUUAGACUGCAUUAUUUUUACUCUCUAGUCUUAAGUAAGUUGAUUUUUUGUCAUAAUAUUUUCUUAGUUAAUAAAAACCAUGUAAUAAAUGAAUUUAAAGUA